ACUGUGCCAACGGGACAUUACUAUUACGCAUACUUAUCUGACAGAUCCUCCGCUGUCCCACGUUUUGGUUGAGUUUUCCUGCAGAGGGAGCAAUGGCUGCAGUGGGACAGGGCCCGGGUGCGGCUCCAUGUGUCACUAAAGUGUCUCUGAGCAUCUCGUGUGAAAACCUCAUGGAUAUGGACGCCUUCUCCAAGUCUGAUCCUCUCUGUGUGCUCUACGUCAGCACAUCAGGGGCUCAGUGGUGCGAGAUCGGUCGAACAGAGAAAAUCAUGAACUGUCUGAACCCAAAGUUUUCCAAAUGUUUCUUGGUGGAUUAUUACUUUGAGAUGGUGCAGAAGCUGAAGUUUGAGGUCUAUGACAUCGACACUGAAAACUCCAGUCUGGUUGACGCAGACUUUCUGGGACAACUGGAGUGCACACUGGGACAGAUUGUAUCAUCUAGAAAAUUCACAAAACCGUUGUUGCUAAGAGACAAGAGGCCUGCAGGAAGAGGAACCAUCACAAUCUGUGCAGAGGAGAGAACAGACAACAGGGUGGUAGACUUUGAAAUGUCUGCGAGAAAUUUGGAUAAAAAGGAUUUCUUUGGUAAAUCUGAUCCUUUCCUGGAGUUUUACCGAGAAACUGAAAAUGGAUGGCAGCUGUGUCAUAGGACAGAGGUGGUCAAAUACAAUCUAAAUCCAGUAUGGAAGCCUUUCAGAGUUUCACUACAGUCACUAUGUAACUGUGAUGUGGAAAAGUCUAUCAAGGUCGAUUGUUAUGACUACAAUAACAGCGGGUCACAUGACUUUAUAGGGUCAUUCCAAGCCUCAGUCAGCCAAAUACAACAGGCUUCACAAACAUAUGCGGCUGAGUUUGAAUGCAUCAACAGUAAGAAGAAACAAAAGAAGAAAGGAUAUAAAAACUCUGGUGUUAUUGUUAUAAAAAAAUGCAAGAUUAUAAAAGAGUACACAUUCUUGGAUUACAUAAUGGGCGGCUGUCAACUCAACUUCACUAUUGCCAUAGACUUCACAGGCUCGAAUGGAGACCCCAGAACGCCCCAGUCUCUGCACUACAUAAACCCUCAGGGAUAUAACGAAUAUCUGGCAGCGAUUUGGGCUGUGGGCAACGUCAUCCAGGACUAUGACAGUGACAAGAUGUUCCCUGCAUUUGGUUUUGGAGCCAUGAUUCCUCCAACAUGGCAGGUCUCUCAUGAGUUUCCUAUCAACUUUAACCCAUCAAACCCAUUUUGUGCAGGUGUGGAGGGAGUGGUAGCGGCCUAUCAACAGUGCCUCCCUCAGGUGAAACUUUACGGUCCCACAAACUUCUCUCCGAUUAUAAACCACGUCGCUCAGUUUGGAAGACAGGCCAUGCAGCAGCAGACAGCAUCGCAAUACUUUGUGCUCCUGAUCAUCACUGAUGGAGUGAUCACAGACAUGGACCAAACACGCAGUGCCAUAGUGGCCGCAUCUCGUCUGCCCAUGUCCAUCAUCAUCGUGGGAGUGGGCGGGGCCGACUUCAGCGCCAUGGAGUUUCUUGAUGGAGAUGAUGGAACUUUACGCUCCUCAUCGGGAGAGCCGGCCAUGAGGGACAUCGUGCAGUUUGUGCCAUUCAGACAAUUUCAAAAUGGCCCUCCUGAAAUGCUAGCUCAGAGCGUUUUGGCAGAAAUACCGGGACAAGUUACAAGUUUCUUCACUGCGAUGAGUCUGAGGCCUCCCAACAGCAGUGAUGAACCAGCCUGAUGUAUGAACCACAGUGUCUGCUUAAACUAACAUCCUACACAGGACAUACCAGACAAUGGGUCUGGUAUGUGGGAGAUUAGACUAGACCAGGACUAGACCAGGACUAGACAAGGACUAGACAAGGACUAGACAAGGACUAGACCAGGACUAGACCAGGACUAGACCAGGACUAGACCAGGACUAGACCAGGACUAGACCAGAACUAGACCAGGACUAGACCAGGACUAGACCAGGACUAGACCAGGACUAGACCAGGACUAGACCAGGACUAGACCAGGAUUAAGCAAGGACUAAACCAGGAAUAGACCAGAGCUAAAUGCAUGACCAGGUCACAUCAAAAUAAAAAAAUAACUCAGAGUUAAAGCUGCACUAUGUAACAUUUCUGGUGGAGAAUCUGCUACCUGCUUGUCUCCAUGAAGAUAAUGUUGCUUUUCCAAGAAUGUCAGACAGUAUGGCAUUAAAUGUAUCUAUCUCCAUGUAGACAAGCAUAUGAACAAACAUGAAAUAAAUGCAAGAUCGUUAAGUUGCCAUACUGAGGAACAUAACAGUAAUAUCUCUAUGGAGACAAGCAGGUGGUGGCAGAAAAGUAGUGUUAAGUAAACAGGGGGUGACCUAAAACUUGACUAAAUCCUAAAAAAGAAAACAGCUAUCAAAACUAAACAAGCUCUUAGCCUGGACUAAACUAGAACUAUACCGGGACUAAACUCAGACUAGACAAGGACUGAAACUAAAAUAAAUAAGUAUAAACCCAGGACUCUGCAAAUAUGUAAAACAGUCUAGAAAUUAGAUAUAAAUCUUUAGACCAGGACUAAACCAGAACUAAACCGGGACUUAACCAGGGCUAAACCUAACAUGAGUGAGACUAGAGCAGAACUCAACCAGGACUAACUCUAAUCCUGGACCCAGAGAGAAUGAAAGCAGAUCUAAACCAGGAUUAAACAAAACUGGUUUAGAUCUGCAUAUGGACUAUUAAAACUUGCUCUUAAAACAACACAAAUACCUCCACAACCAAUGAGAAAUCUACAAUUAUUAAAAAGUUGGGACACAGUCUAAAUAUCUAUAAGUACAUAUAUGUUUUUACAAAUACAACAGACAAUGGUGAAAUACCUUUCAUUUAAGCCACACUGUGUAACUUUCUGGAGGUGGGACGUCACUUCAUGAUUCCUUGGAAAUUGAAAUUUAAAACCGUACGGAAUAUUCUCUGUGGAAAUAAAGUUUAAUGCCAUAUUUUACAAUAUUAUAGCCAAAGGAACAAUAUCUCCAUGGAGACAAGAAGGUCAAAACAACACAAAAAAAACAUGAUUUUAUUUUGGUCUAUUUUUGGCUAAAAAGUUACACAGUGAGGCUUUAACAUUUAUAGCUUUAUGGACAUAUCCAAAUCACUAAGUUUCAGUAACUGUCAGUGUGUCCUAACUUUUUUUAAAUGUUAACUCUGCCAUUAACUUUUUUUAAUCAUAUAUAUAUUUUUUUAUUUAUUUAGAUUUUUAAUACCCGCGGUUGGCAGUAUUUUUAUUUUAUUUUUGUUUUUUUGCUGUCUUAACCAAUCAAAAUCAAAAAUGUUAAUGGGUCUAAUAUUAAAUGAAAUAUUAAAAAGUAAUUUGUUGAAAAUUACAAAUAGAUUUUAAAAGGAUUUUUGGGUAAUCCAAAUAUAAUAAAGUGCCAUUUAUUGUUACUAAAAGUCAUUUAACUUAAGUAGAUUUUUUAUGUGUAGGCACUUUUUAAAUGUAACUGGAUGCUUCAGUUUUUUAAGUUUUUUUUUUAAUAUUAUUCAGUGCAUAAAAUUAAUCACAUUUUCUAUAUACAUUCAAAGGCCUUAUAAAAUCUUAUAUGUUAUAUGCUACUUUGAAUACAAUGCUUUCUCUGUCUAUGGUGCUGGGACAUUUCUUGUUUUUCUUACUUCUUAAAAUAAUAUCUGUUGUAAUAUCUUACCAUAGAUCCUUUAUGACUGAUUAAGACUAGCACUGUGGAACUCUCCAAAUACGUGCAUGUUUACAGUAAAAAUAAUAAUACUGGAUUUGAAUGAAAAACACCUUAUCUUACCUUAAGUAUUAACUUUUCAAUGUCUUUAAGUGUUUUUGUCUGCACUGUUAUGACUGUUAUGGCAUUACAUAGUUUCAUGUACAUAAUGCAUCUAAAUGCUGUGCCAUGUCACCAUCAUAAAAUCCAUUGUAAAGGCAAAUGUAAAAUGACUGGAUUUUUGUAAAAUACUGCUCUUAAAAUGUCUAAUGUGAUUUUCAGGAAUAUUGUAUGAUGUAAAAUGUUUUAUAAUACAUAAUAAAUAUUAACAGUACUC